AUAGUCGAAAUUAAACAAAGUCUAAACUAAACAAAAUGUGUUUGUCAAUUCUCAAUUGUCAAGACUUUGAUUAACUCUCAUAGCACUAAUACAAAAAAGGAUUAUAUACCUAUCAAGAAACUUAUAAUCGUGAAAGAAUUAAAACAAAUACACCAUGGCUUUAGCUAUGCAAAGGCGUACAAAUGUACGCUUACCUCCAGAAGUUAAUAGAAUAUUAUAUAUUCGUAAUCUACCAUACAAAAUAAGUGCUGAAGAAAUGUACGAUAUAUUUGGAAAAUAUGGGGCAAUAAGACAAAUUCGAGUAGGAAAUACAGCGGAAACCAGGGGAACAGCAUUUGUAGUAUACGAAGAUAUUUUUGAUGCCAAAAAUGCUUGCGAUCAUUUAUCAGGAUUUAAUGUAUGUAAUCGAUAUCUUGUAGUGCUUUAUUAUCAACAUAACAAAGCUUUCAAACGUGUUGAUGUUGAUAAAAAACAAGAAGAAAUAGAAAAAAUGAAAACAAAAUAUGGAAUAAACACAUAA